GCUCCAUAGGAACGUCUACCACUUAUCAACAUUUAGCCACCCAAUGAAAUAUUAGCGACGCACACAAGCGAUUGUCUCUUUAAUAAAACACUGCUGUCAUCUCCUAAAUUUAUGUGUUCUGGAAUUUUAGUACUUUUUGAAAGCGGAUAGAUGUCUGAAGAGGUUUCUAAAAGGGUAGAAGAGGAGGCUGACACACCAGAUCUCGAGGGUCAGUCUGACGACAGCAGCGACGAAGGCGACGCUUCAGGAGACACCGAGAUGGAUUUUCUGCGCAGUCUCUUCUCACGAACUCUUGGCCUCAGUCCUGGAGAGAAAGUAUUGGAUGAGCUUACCCUGGAUGGAGUCGCCCGUUAUAUCUUGAGUGGCAAAUGCAAGAACAUCAUCUGUAUGGUUGGAGCUGGAAUAUCUACAUCUGCUGGAAUCCCAGAUUUCCGCUCUCCUGGCACUGGUCUGUAUGCCAACUUGCAGAAGUACAAUCUGCCUUACCCAGAGGCCAUCUUUCAGAUCGACUAUUUCAAGAAACAUCCAGAGCCCUUUUUUGCUCUAGCCCGAGAACUCUACCCGGGACAGUUUAAGCCCACAGUGUGUCACUAUUUCAUGAAGAUGCUGAAGGACAAAGGUCUACUGACUCGAUGUUACUCUCAGAAUAUCGAUACUUUAGAGAGAGUUGCCGGUCUGGAAGGAGAGGACCUGAUUGAAGCUCAUGGUACAUUUCACACCUCUCACUGUGUGAGCUUCCUGUGUCGUAAGGAGUACUCCAUGGACUGGAUGAAAAAUAAAAUUUUCUCUGAAGAUAUUCCUAAGUGUGAUUCCUGUGAGAGCCUGGUAAAACCUGAUAUUGUGUUUUUUGGGGAGAGUCUACCUGCCCGAUUCUUCACUACCAUGAAAAUGGACUUUCCUCGAUGCGACCUUCUCAUCGUAAUGGGCACAUCCCUGCAGGUUCAACCGUUUGCAUCACUAGUCAAUAGAGUAUCAAACAGCUGUCCUAGACUGCUCAUCAACAUGGAGAAAACCGGACAGACCGAAUUUGGUAUGGGGUUAUUUGGUUUUGGAGGAGGAAUGGAUUUUGACUCAGACAAAGCCUACAGGGAUGUGGCUCACCUGAGCACCUGUGAUGACGGCUGCAUGGCUCUCGCCGAACUGCUGGGUUGGAAAGCAGAGCUGGAAGAGAUGGUGAAGCGUGAACAUACUUUAAUUGACAGCAAAGAUGCCCAAAAAAAAGACAAGGAAGCCAAUCAGAGCCCCAGAAGCACUGGGGCAGAGGCUGGAAAGAGUGACAAGACAGAAUAACCAAUCGCAGCACGAAGAAGCUGUCUAUGUAAUUCACUUCACAUCUCGAAGCCAAGUCUGUCCUUCUCAAGUCUACUGUCGAUCACAUCUUUCUAUUUGUCUGAGCAGCUGCGUCUCUCAUAUGCCUGUAAUAGCAAUAUAUCUAUAUUGCUAUUUAAGUACAGAAAUAGUAGAGUAACCUCACAGAGCUCAGACACGAACAGAGAGACAGACAGACAGCAAACACUCUCACAGGAACAUGAUGUUAUGCCUGAUCCUUGAGGUGGCUUUGAUUAAAAAAAAAAAAGUAUGAAUAACAAUGCUUUAAAUGUAAUGUUGAAAAGUAUUACAAUUACACUAUAUGCUUUAUCAAAUGGGUUUCAUUUUAUCCUGCUUAAAACAAAAGUGUCUGAAACCCAGAUUCUCAUUACUGUAAUGCACAUGCAAGUUUUUCUCUCGAGUUCUUUUAGUUCAUCUCAUAAUCGUGUGUUUCUUUUAAAUGUUUUUGAUGAAUUUAAAUUACAGAAAAGUACAAAAGGAUGUACAACAAAUGCAAGCAUGCUGUACAAAUACUUUUCUUGCACUACAGUAAUGAGAAUUGCAUUUUGUGAAUAUUCUGCUUACAUUUUACCUGGUUUCAUGAAAUUAACAAUUAAUGGCGGUUUACUAUCUUUUGUCUGACCUUGUCAAUAAGAUCCUUUUCUUUGUGCAAUAAUUUUAGAUUUUAGUGUAAUGUUCAUUUUCAAAAGGGUUAAUGAAUGUUUCUUUUCAUGAAUUAUUAAUCACCUUGGCGGUAUACUAACUCAUAUAAUACAUUUUUGAUGUUUA